UGUGGCCACAGGGCGUCUCUGCUGGGGACGUGGGUGGUGGCUCUGCUGCAGCGCGAGCAUGAUGGCGCGGAUGCUCUUGCUGCUAAUCCCCGCUAAUUAGCUUUGCCCUCCCAGAGGCCACGGCGUGGCUGAGACAGGGGGCCCAUAAGAGGAUUUCCCUGCCUCCUUCUUAAGGCCCGGCCACCCCGGCUCCCACUCUGUGCCCGCCUGGCCUCGGUGCCGGCCCCAUGCCACGCACCCAGGCCCUGGCUGACAAGGGGGUCCCCAAGGACGCGGAGGCCUCAGGAAAGAGCAAGGGGCGGGAGGCGGGCGAGAAAAGCCCCCAAGCUCCCGAGGAGGGCGUCCGCCCCGGCAAUAAGAGCCCUGGCUCCGAGUCACGACACGGUGGCCACGGGCGGAAGAACAGCAAGAAGGGCACUGGGGACCCCCAUGCAGCUGCUGCCAAGGCGUAUUCGCCCUUCCUCAACACUGUCUUCGGCAAGGAGCGGGACCUGUCCCCAGAGGAGCUGGAUGAGCUGCUGGAUGCCUUCAAGGAGUUUGACACGGACCAGGACGGCUUCAUCAGCUACAAGGACCUGGGCGCCUGCAUGCGCACCCUUGGGUACAUGCCCACCGAGAUGGAGCUCAUCGAGAUCUCGCAGCACAUCAAGAUGAGGAUGGGCGGCCGCGUGGACUUUGAAGACUUUGUGCAGAUGAUGGGCCCAAAGCUGCGAGAGGAGACAGCCCACAUGGUGGGCGUGCGGGAGCUCAAGAUUGCCUUCCGUGAGUUCGAUGUGAACGGGGAUGGGGAGAUCAGCAGCGCGGAGAUGCGGGAGGCCAUCGCAGCGCUGCUGGGGGAGCAGCUCAAGGCGCAGGAGGUGGACGAGAUUCUGCAGGACGUGGACCUCAACGGGGAUGGCCGCGUGGACUUUGACGAGUUCGUCAUGAUGCUGUCUUCCCGAUAAUGAAGCUGUGGGGGAGGAGGGGACCCUGAGCUGAGCCCCCCCCACACACACAGGCAGUCCUUGUCAGCAGAUCCAGCACGUCCCCAUCCCCCCAGAUACUCCCUGCCUGGUGAGCGUUGAUCAUCCUAGCCUCUCUGGCCAGCAUUAGAGUUCAGAGUGAAGAGCUGGAGCUGAGCCUGUAUCCUGGAACCAGAGGCAGGGCAGACACGAGACUCCCCCUACCCCAAUACCCCCUUGGAGGUAGCAGCAGGGGCCAGGGUGG